AUGCUGAAAAUUGCCAGUCUUUUUGGCGCAGUGGCCCGGCCCGCUACGGCUGCUGCGUCUGCGGUGAUGCGUGCUUCGGCAACACAGGUUCGUUUCAAACACUCAUACGAGCCCAAAACCCGCCAGCGCGACAAGAAAUUCAAGGGCCGAGUGCCCGUUCGCACCGGCGGCUCGACCAAGGGAUCGACCGUCGUUUUUGGUGAAUACGGCCUGCGUUUGCGCAGCGAGGGUGUCCGAAUCAAGGCUAUUCAGCUCAAAGAGGCAGAUAACAGUAUCAUGCGUACCCUCAGACCACUCUCCGGCACUCUUUACCGUCGUCUUCACUGCGGCCUCGCGGUGUGUGUCAAAGGUAAUGAGACUCGUAUGGGUAAAGGUAAAGGUGCCUUCGAGUACUGGGCUGUGCGUGUGCCCACUGGCAAGGUGGCCUUUGAAAUCAGCGGCAACGUGCCUGAACAGGUGGCCAGGGACGCUCUUCGGGUCGCCAAGGACAAGCUGCCUGGAAACUGGGAAUUCGUGACCAAGGAAACGCUGCCAAAGGUCGGAUUCAAGACUGCCGACCCGGCAAGCCGUGAUCCUAUCAACUACUUUGAAAAAAUCAAAGAGACACCCACCAAAAAGUGGACUAAUUAUGAGUACGAUAAGGACCCCGAGGUACGCAAGUAUCUGCGGCGGUAA